AUGAGUGGAAACACUGCGGACUCCAAAACGGAGUCAGCUCCGAGCGAAGAUGCGGCAAGGCCGGAGGCCAAGGAUGUCCCUCCGGACGCCGGAGCCGAACAGCGCGUGCCCGGCAUCGGCGCCCAGGAUGGCUCGAUAGACGAUCCCAACGAGGUACGAGGCGGCAAGCUGAUCAUGAUCAAUGCUUCUCUGUGUCUCUGUACCCUUCUCGUCGGCUUGGACUUCACUUUGAUCGCCACCGCGAUUCCGCGUAUUACGUCUGAGUUCAACUCUAUCCAAGAUGUAGGCUGGUAUGGAGCCGCCUUCCAGCUGGCACUAUGUGCGGCACAGCCUCUCGCAGGCAAGGCAUUUACUCUGUUCUCGAAGAAGCUCUCCUACCUGAUCUAUCUGGCCGUUUUCGAGAUCGGCAGCCUGGUCUGCGCACUGGCACCAUCGUCCCCGGCCCUAAUCGCGGGCCGGGCCGUUGCUGGCCUGGGAGCCUCGGCCACUUGGAGAUGGUGUUUCUAUAUCAACUUGCCAAUUGGAGCCUUCGCUGCUGGAGUAUUCUUCAUAUUUGUGCACAUCAAGACAACUAGCUCGGAGCGCGUUCCCCUCCUGAGUCGGGUCAAGGGCCUCGACCUCCUCGGUUUCUCCCUGUUUUCAGGCUUCAUGAUCAUGCUACUGUUGGCCCUGCAAUGGGGCGGCGUCGCAUAUGCCUGGAAUUCCGCAACCGUCAUUGGGCUUUUGGUAGGCUCCGUCGCGGUAUUGGGCCUGUUUAUUCCAUGGCAACUGCACAUGCAAGAUGACGCCCUCAUCCCUCCGAGACUCUUUAGGGCUCACCGGAACGUGGGAUUACUUUGCGCCACCUCCUUCUUCGUCAACGGGCCUUUCCAGGUCAUCAUCUACUGGUUACCCAUCUGGUUCCAGGCUGUGCGAGGGGAUACGCCCACGGAGAGUGGGGUGAAUUACCUCCCAACUGUCAUAUCUGACGCCGUCAUGGCCCUGCUGGGUACCGGUAUUGUGAUGAAGAUUGGGUGGUGGAACCCCUUCCUCCUAUUUGCAAACGCCCUGGCACAGGUCGGGAUGCAGACAUCACUGCCACAAGACCUUGUUCCGAUCGGAUCGUCGAAUUUGCUCAUGUUCGUGUCUACCAGCUGCUCAGUCUUUCUGGCACUGGGCCAGCUCAUCUUCCAGAAGAGACUGGAGACGAACCUGUCCGCUGUAGUCACAUCAGAUCUUGUGCAAAAGGUCAUAUCAGCAGGCGCCACCAAUUUCAGAGCAAUGGUUCCUGAUGCGGACCUGACUGCGGUAGUGAAAGCCUACGGAAAGGCUUGCACACAAGUCUUUGUUGUCAUCGUGCUUGAAGAAUUGCAGGUCCCCUACGAGAUCAAAUCCUUCAAGUUUGAGGAAAUCAAGAAGAAGCCGUUCAUAGACAUCAACCCAAACGGCCGCGUUCCCGCCAUCGAGGAUCCAAACACAGACAUCACGUUGUGGGAGUCCGGCGCGAUCAUCACAUAUCUGAUCGAGCAGUACGACAAAAACCACGUCCUAAGCUACGACACGCUGAAGGAGAAGCACCAGUGCAACCAAUGGCUGCACUUCCAAAUGAGCGGCCAGGGCCCCUACUUCGGCCAGGCGGGCUGGUUCAACGUCCUGCACGCCGAGAAGCUCCCCUCGGCCAUCGAGCGCUACCAGGCCGAGGUGCGCCGCAUCCAGGGCGUCCUCGACGGCCAGCUCAAGGACCGCCAGUGGCUCGUCGGCGACAGGAUGACGUACGCGGACAUGGCCUUCGCGCCGUGGAACGACCGCACCGACGCGCUGCUGGAGUGCGCCGCGGCCGACAAGUUCGCAGGGUUCCCGUACCUGCAGGCCUGGCACGAGCGGGUGACGGCCCGGCCCUCGUGGAAGAAGGCCAUGGAGACGCGCGCGGUGCUGAUGGACGAGCAGGGCUUGAUUGGCAUGGGAUGCCUAAGGGUAUGA